CUCCUCACUGCAGGUGGCUCUGCCCACAACCAGUAUGGCGGCCGGCUCCUCGGCGCUGAUGGUAGCGGCGGCCGUGGCGUUGGGCGGGGGGCUUAUCUUAGUGGCUCGCCGGCUGAUGACCGGCGGCAGUGUCCAGGCCGCGGCCUCCGCUCUCAUGCGGGGUAAGACGGUGAUUAUCACCGGGGCUAACUGCGGCAUAGGCCGGGCGACCGCGGCGGAGCUGCUCCGGCAGCAGGCCCGGGUCAUCCUGGCGUGCCGCGACCCGGAGCGGGCGGAGGAGGCGGCCCGGGAGCUGCGGGAGGAGACCGGGGACAGCGGGGAGGUGGUGGUAAAGCAGCUGGACCUGAGCUCCCUGAAGUCCGUGCGGCGCUUCUGCCAGGAGGUAGUGAGGGAAGAACCUAACCUUGACGUCCUCAUCAACAACGCGGGGGUCUUCCAGUGCCCCUACACGAAGACCGAAGACGGCUUUGAGAUGCAGUUUGGGGUCAACCACUUGGGCCACUUCCUGCUCACCCAUCUGCUGCUCGGCCUCCUGAAGAGCUCUGCUCCCAGCAGGGUUGUGGUCGUCUCCUCCAAACUUUACAAAUACGGGGAGAUCAAUUUCGACGACUUAAACAGUGAGAAGAGCUACGGCCGAGGUUCGGCCUACAGCCGCAGCAAGCUGGCCAACAUCCUGUUCACCAGAGAGCUGGCCAGGCGCCUGGAAGGUACCGGGGUGACCGUCAACGCUCUACACCCCGGCAUAGUCCGAACCAAUCUAGGAAGACACAUUAAUAUUCCCGUCCUGGUCAAACCUCUCUUCAACGUGGUCUCUUGGGCUUUCUUUAAAUCCCCGGUGGAAGGAGCUCAGACGUCCAUCUACUUGGCCUCCUCUCCAGAAGUAGAAGGGGUGUCCGGCAAGUACUUUGGGGACUGCAAAGAGGAAGAACUUUUACCUAAAGCUAUGGAUGACUUGGUUGCCAGGAAACUCUGGGACAUAAGUGAAGUUAUGGUGGGACUUAUUAAAUGAAGUUCAACUUCAGCCAUCAGUUCACCGGAAAUAGAUGGAAAAGCUGAUUGUCUCCUUAGCACAAACUCACUUGUAUAUGUUAGGUCGCCGUGUCCUCCUCCGGACGACCAGGUUGUAUCCGUCUCUCC